AUGCUCAAGUCAAUCAGUCAGGGGGCGUUUGGACAGGUUUGGUUGGCCAAGAAGAAGACAACAGGAGACUAUUAUGCAAUCAAGAUCUUGAAAAAACAGGAUAUGAUUGUUAAGAAUCAGAUCAUGAAUGUGAAGUCGGAGUGCAAGAUUUUGAUGAAUCAGGCUGAUUCUGAUUUUGUUGUCAAACUCUUCUGUACCUUCUCUUCUAGAGAUCAUCUCUACCUUGUCAUGGAAUAUCUUAACGGCUGUGAUUGUGCUGCCUUGGUUAAGGAUCUUGGUAAUCUCCCUGAAGAGUGGAUGAGGAAUUAUGUUGCUGAGGUUGUCAUGGGAUUGGAGUAUCUUCAUUCAACUGGUGUUGUUGUGAUAUGGUAA